UUUCCAAGACCGCGUCGACUCAAUGGUUAGUCCUGCCAUGAAUUCCAAUUCCGCGUCGACUCAAUGGUUGUCGUGCAGGACCUUUCUGCUUUCUCCUUCUCUUUUUAUUUCCCCCUCCUCUUGAUUUGCUUUACAGAAGCGUCUCUAAUCCCACACCCAAAAACACAAGUUUAUCCUUGUUCAGUAAGGUUCCUUGCUGGAGAUGGCUGAGGAGGGUCAGAAGGUUAUGUUGAACGUACAUGAUAUAAGUCAUGGAUUGGCUCGAAAGGUCUCGACAAUGUUGAUUGGAAAGACCAUUGAAGCCAUAUGGCACACUGGAAUUGUGGUGUAUGGCAGUGAGUACUACUUCGGAGGAGGUAUUGUACAACAAUCUUCUGCAGGAACAACACCAUAUGGGAAUCCAAUUCAAGUGAUAGAUCUGGGUGUCACUCAUGUCCCUAAAUAUAUAUUUGAGAAAUAUUUGCAGGAAAUCUUGAUUCCCCAAUUCAAAACUGAAUCUUACAAACUACUAACUCGCAAUUGCAACAACUUCACCAAUGAAAUUGCUCAGUUUUUGGUGGGUACCUCAAUUCCAGAUUACAUUCUGAACUUACCAAAUGAAAUCAUGAACAGUCCGAUGGGUUCCCUUAUGAUGCCGGUGAUACAGAAUUUGGAUACAACAAUAUUGGAGGCAGGUGCUUUUGAUGAUAAGGACAAGUCUUCUUCGGCACCCUUUUGUAGUUUUGGCAAUGGUGGCGGUCAUGAUGAAGAUGGAGAUGAAUCGGCUGAUGCAGGUGAUCCUGUUGGAGAUAAAAGGAAGAAAGUGGAGAAAAGUGAUUCUGAUGAUCAGGGUAAGAAUUCAUCAGGACCCUUUUGUAGUUUUGGUAAUGGUGAUGAUCAUGAUCAUGAUGAAGAUCAAGAUGAAGAUGGAUCGGUUGAUGCAGUGGCAGCUGCAGGAGAUGAUCUUGUAGAUAUAAGGAAGAAAUUGCAGCAAGAGUUUUGUAUUGAAUUUGCUGCUAUCAUGGCUACUGGAACACUGCGUGUGAGUGAGGCGGCUACACUGGCUGCUAAGAGAGUCAUGCAGAACUAUACAAAUCUGAAUGCUGAUGAUGCUCCCACAACUUGAAUAUAUAAUAUAUACACACAUAUAUAUAUAUACACGUAUAUAUAUAUAUAUACACACACAUAUAUAAUAAGUACAACAGUACCACUAUGUUUAUUUUAUUGACACACAU